UGUUUCUUUAUUUUUUUUUCCUUUUCGGUUUCAGAGAGUAAAGCAGAGUAGGCAUCAGGACUCAGGAGAGCUCUCUGCCCUAAAAAAUGCAUGGCGAUAAGGACGUCUAGGGUUGCCAUCUUCUCUCUCUCUCUCUCUCUCACAGUAUAGUGUGGACUGUGGACUGUGCCACUGCGGUGUAAUUACUCCUUAGGGCACCAAGCUUGUCCUUCCCUACCUCUUCCUCCCCAUCCAAUGGUUUCUCUGUAAAUUUUUCUCAGUCAGAAAUUUACGGCCCUGACUGGUAAAAAGUGAUCGGCCUUUAAUUCAAACCCAAAAGUCGAAAAAGAAAAAAACAAAAGAAAUUCAAAAUUCAACUUCUCUGUUCUCUGUUCCUUCUCCUUCAGGUUCUGCUCUGCAUUUUGCUGCAAGAGCUUUGUCAUCAUUUUCCUUUCGCCUGUGAAGUGCUACUUAGGACUCUGAUUAGAUGACUUGAGUGUUCGAGCAAUAAUUUUGAGCUUUUCUUGUAGCGGGGUUUUGCGGUGUGGGAGGCCUCUGAACCUCGUUUGGUUGUUAUUGUUGUUUUUUUUUUCUUCUUCUUCUUCUCAACUCUUUCAUUUCUUGGGAAAUGGUUGGUGUUUAGCCGUUUAGGGUUUCUACUUUCUAUGGGUUGGUGAGAGUUGAAAUGUUGGAAUUUCAACUUUAGCUUUUCUGCGAGAGGCCUCCGCUUUUCCUCUCUCACAGUGUGUUUGUCUUCCCAAAGAUGCUUUUAGUCUAGGGUUUCGUAAGCUGUUUAGAGUUCAAAUUUGCUUUGAUUGAAUUUGAGCCGUGAUUGUUGGAAAUUGGACUCCUUUUUUUCGCUCGUUUACUCUGGAGUUCUAAACAUUUAGGUCUUGGUAGUUUUGUUUGCCAGCGCUUGUGCUUUGUUUUCAUCUUUCCUCUCCUCUAGAUUCUGUUGCUUUUUUGUUUUCUCUCUGAUGCUUCGUCUUUCUUGCUUUUCUUUGUAGGACGUCUGAAUCUAGGCUAGGGUUCUUCCUUGCUCCUUUACAUCUACCAACGUUCUUUCCGAACUUCUCUUCUAUUUAUAUUUGUUUUAAUUGAUUUUUUAUAUCUUCUCUUUUUGUCCGAAAAAAAGAAAAAAAGGUUAGCGUCUAUGACUCCAUACCUGAAACUUUGAUUCUGACAAAAGCCUUCUUAAAUCUAAUCUGAGGAUGUAUCAAGUUGUUUCCUCCUUUGGGCAGAAUUGUUAACAGACUCUAAAUUUUGGUGUUUUUGAUUUUUUCUCAACUGCAUUUUCGUCUUUGUGAAUGCAGUUUGUGAGCUCCAAGGAAGUAUCUCACACAAGAUUUUAACAUAUUUAAAUAUAUGGUUCUACUUUGGCUGAGCAUCAGGGCAUGAUCAAGUCAUUUUUGCUUGAGACACGCAUUGAAUUUCGUUUAUUCCCUCCUGCUCUAAUUGUUUAACGUAGGUUUACUUUCGUGUCUGCUCGGACUUUCUUCUAUUAAUCCUGCUGAUUUUAGGUUUUCAUUUAGAGAAAUCGUACAGACUAUACCAAGCAAAUAUCCUGUAGGAAUUCCCCUUGGACAUUUCUAUUAUCUUUCAGUUGUGUACAAUCGAUUGGGUUUCCUGAAGAGCGACAGAGCCAUAGUUGGAAGAAGUAAUAUAUGGGCAAAUGAAGCUUAAAAUUUCUAUCGUUGACGUUUAGCGGAAGUGUUGUUUUGCGAUUAUUUUUUUAAUUAAAUGCAUGGAUGGGAGAGAAGCCAUGGCGUUGUCUGGCUCUGCAUCUUAUUACAUGCAGCAGCGAGGGGUUGCUGGAUCAGGGCCGGGAGCACAGACUGGGUUACAUGGACCACCGGGCAUUCGCCCGCUAACUGGUCCUACUAUGCCAAUGCAAUCAAAUAUUGGUGGCGGUUCAGUUGGAUCAACAUUCCAAGUAGAGUCUUCGUCUACGAUUUCGCCUCAUGGUGUUAACGUGAGUGUGCCGUCGGGAAUGCCCCCAAGCGGAGAGCCUGUAAGAAGGAAAAGGGGAAGGCCUCGAAAAUAUGGACCUGAUGGAACUGUCGCUCUCGCUUUAUCUCCCUUGUCCUCUACCCCUUCCCCAGCAUCGCAUCCGCUGACCCAGAAGCGGGGUAGAGGGCGGCCACCGGGAACUGGAAGGAAGCAACAAUUAGCUUCUCUUGGUGAGUGGAUCUCUGGUUCUGCUGGAAUGGGUUUUACUCCACAUAUCAUUACCAUUGCAAUAGGGGAGGACAUCGCGACAAAAAUAAUGUCAUUUUCACAACAGGGUCCAAGGGCUGUUUGCAUCCUCUCAGCCAAUGGUGCUGUUUCCACUGUUACUCUUCGGCAGCCUUCUUCUUCUGGUGGAACUGUCACAUACGAGGGUCGGUUCGAGAUAUUAUGUUUGUCAGGAUCUUACAUGCUCACUGAUAAUGGUGGCUCACGCAGCCGGACGGGUGGUCUUAGUAUCUCCCUUUCAAGUCCUGAUGGUCGUGUUAUCGGUGGAGGAGUUGGUGGAAUGCUUAUUGCAGCAAGCCCGGUUCAGGUGAUAGUGGGGAGUUUUGUGUAUGGUGGUUCAAAGACAAAGAACAAAGCCGGGGCUGGUACAGAAGCUGGGACAGAUGCUGAUGCUCCAACAGGCGAUAAAUCAACGACUCCAACAAGCGUCCCUCCCAACCAGAACAUCCCUCCUACUUCUCAGAUGGGCGGGUGGCCCGGUUCACGGCCUGUGGAUAUGAGGAACGCUCACAUUGAUAUUGACUUGACGCGGGGAUGAUGAUGAUCAUUUGCAUUUCUAUAUACUACAUUGGCGAAUGUGUACAUGUGGACGUGGUGGUGUUGCAAGAACCAAGAAACAUGAGUUGUUGGUCACGUAAACUCUGCAUAUUUUUCCGGCUGUUAGACAUUGGUUUUGUACUAACUUAUUCUUGCAGCAAUGUUGGGCUCUUGGAAGCAGAUGGUAGAUUUCUGAAAUCUAGCCAGGCGCUUUGUGACCUAAACCCACAGUGAAUGAUGUAGAAAGUAUUUAAUCUUGUACUAGUUCUCACUUCUCAGGAGGUUAAAAUGCAGGACACUUGUUUUGGCGUUUUUCUGA